AUGACACCUCCAGGUGUCUCUGGUAUAAAUCCGCAACCUGCUGCUGCUUGGGAUGAUUCCACCUCACAACAGCCUCAGCCACAGCAGCCACAACAGCCAUCGCAACAGCAGCCACAACAGUCUCAGCAGCCAACACCUCCACCGUCAGCAGCAGGUAGCUGGGAUCCUCAGGUAGCAGCUUCUUCAGCAGCAGGUAGCUGGGAUCCUCAGGUAGCAGCUUCUUCAGCCAGUCAACAAAGCUCAUCAUCUACACAAUUGGCAGAAUUCACCAGCCCACCUCGCCCAAAUGUUGGUCUGCUUGGGAGAACAAUCCAGCUUCGUGCUAAUUAUUUUAAAAUAUCUAUUCCUAAAGGCUACAUACAUCAUUAUGAUGUGUGUAUUACGCCGGACAAAUGUCCUCGGCGUGUUAACAGAGAAAUUAUAGAAACUAUGGUACAAGCAUAUAGCAAAAAAAUAUUCAAUGAGGAAAAACCAGUGUUUGAUGGACGAAAGAACCUGUACAGUAGAGCAUAUCUCCCCUUUAACAGAGAUCGGGUUGAGCUUGAAGUCACAUUACCAGGAGAAGGCAAAGACAGAAUAUUUAAAGUUGGUAUCAAAUGGAUUGCACAGGUCAAUCUUUUCGCUUUGGAAGAGGCACUCACAGGACGAACACAACAAAUUCCAUUUGAUGCUAUUCAGGCUCUUGAUGUAGUCAUGAGACAUCGACCCAGUAUGACAUAUACACCAGUGGGUCGUUCUUUUUUUUCACAACCAAAAGAUUAUGAACAUCCCUUAGGAGGAGGUCGAGAAGUAUGGUUUGGUUUCCACCAGAGUGUCAGACCAUCAAAUUGGAAAAUGAUGUUAAAUAUUGAUGUGUCUGCCACUGCAUUCUACAAAGCUCAGCCUGUGAUUGAGUUUAUGUGUGAGGUUCUCGAUCUACGGGAGAUUGGUGAACAAAAGCGACCGCUUACAGAUUCACAGAGAGUAAAAUUCACAAAAGAAAUAAAGGGCUUGAAAGUUGAGAUCACGCAUUGCGGACAAAUGCGCCGUAAAUACAGAGUUUGCAAUGUAACCAGACGACCAGCUCACACACAAUCUUUUCCACUGCAAUUGGAGAAUGGCCAAACAGUAGAAUGUACUGUAUCAAGAUAUUUUUAUGAUCGAUAUAAAAUGAAAUUACAGUAUCCACAUUUACCAUGUCUUCAAGUAGGUCAAGAGCAAAAACAUACUUACCUCCCCUUAGAAGUAUGUAAUAUUGUUGGAGGUCAACGAUGUAUAAAGAAAUUAACAGAUAUGCAAACAUCCACCAUGAUAAAGGCAACAGCCCGUUCUGCACCUGACAGAGAACGAGAAAUUAAUAGUUUGGUUUCUCGAGCUGAUUUCUGUGGAGAUCCAUAUCUUUACCAAUUUGGUGUCAGUGUCAGUACAAAGAUGGUGGAAGUUGAAGGAAGGGUUAUAGAUGCACCUAAAAUACAAUAUGGAGGACGGACCAAAGCGCUAGCAGUUCCGAAUCAAGGAGUCUGGGAUAUGCGAGGGAAACAAUUUUUCAUAGGAAUUGAGAUUAGAGUUUGGGCUAUAGCAUGUUUUGCUGCUCAGAGAUCUGUGAGAGAAGAAUCAUUAAGGAGUUUCACUCAACAGCUUCAGCGAAUAUCAAAUGAUGCUGGGAUGCCAAUCAGUGGUCAGCCAUGUUUCUGUAAAUAUGCCAAUGGACCUGAUCAUGUGGAACCUAUGUUUAGAUAUUUAAAAAAUACAUACCAAGGAUUGCAACUUAUUGUUGUCAUACUUCCUGGAAAAACACCUGUAUAUGCUGAAGUGAAACGAGUUGGUGACAUACUUUUUGGUUUGGCCACUCAGUGUGUCCAAGCUAAGAAUGUCACGCGUACAUCACCGCAAACCCUGUCCAACUUAUGUCUGAAGAUCAAUGUCAAAUUGGGAGGUAUUAACAGUAUCCUUCUUCCAAGUAUUCGACCAGCUGUAUUUAGAGAACCUGUCAUAUUCAUUGGUGCUGAUGUCACUCACCCCCCUGCUGGAGAUGCCACAAAACCAUCAAUAGCUGCUGUGGUAGGGAGCAUGGAUGGUCACCCUAGUCGUUAUUCUGCUUCAGUUCGUGUGCAACAACAUCGUCAAGAUAUCAUCAAAGAGCUGUCUCACAUGGUUAAGGACUUGCUGAUGGAGUUCUAUAAGUCUACCCUUUAUAAACCAGCACGCAUCAUCUUUUAUAGAGAUGGUGUAAGUGAGGGCCAGUUCCAGCAAGUGCUGAGUCAUGAAUUGAGAGCUGUGCGUGAAGCUUGCAUUAGUUUGGAGGUUAGUUACCAGCCCGGCAUUACAUUCAUAGUGGUGCAGAAGAGGCAUCACACACGACUGUUUUGCUCAGAUAAGCGUGACCAGAUUGGUCGCAGUGGAAACAUACCUGCAGGCACUACAGUAGAUUAUGGGAUUUGUCACCCCACAGAAUUUGAUUUUUAUCUUUGUAGCCACGCUGGUAUACAGGGUACUUCUCGUCCUUCUCACUACCAUGUUUUGUGGGAUGACAACCACUUUAAUGCCGAUGAGUUACAAACAUUAACCUACCAACUUUGCCACACCUAUGUUCGGUGUACGCGCAGCGUCUCAAUUCCAGCUCCUGCUUAUUAUGCACAUCUGGUGGCCUUCAGAGCACGUUACCAUCUUGUUGAGAAGGAACAUGACAGUGGCGAGGGCAGCCAUCAGUCUGGGAAUCAUGAAGAGAGAACCCCAAUGAUGAUGGCUGGUGCAGUCACCGUACACAGAGAUACGAUUAAAGUGAUGUACUUUGCAUAA